CCCGAACGGUCUCCUCGAAUACAAUGGCCCAUGUCGUGACCCCCCUCGAUCAGCCGUCGAACUAUAAGGACUCGCAAGCGCGGUUUGACCGCCAAAAGCAGAAUGAGUUGCUCGAGAAGUCCUCCACUCUUUAUGUUGGUAACUUAAGUUUCUAUACGACUGAAGAACAGAUAUAUGAGCUGUUCUCGAAAUGUGCCCGCCCUGAGGAUGGAGGGGGCAUUAAGCGUAUCAUUAUGGGACUCGAUCGGAAUACGAGAACACCAUGCGGGUUCUGCUUCGUAGAGUAUUAUACUCACUCGGAAGCGCUAGCAAGCAUGCGGUAUAUCUCUGGGACGAAGCUGGACGAGCGAAUUAUCCGGUGCGACUUGGACUUGGGGUACAAGGAGGGGCGUCAAUUCGGCAGAGGAAAAAGUGGCGGGCAGGUACGAGACGAGUACAGACAAGACUACGACCCGGGUCGCGGAGGAUGGGGCGCACAGGCCCGGAGAAGAGAGGUCGAGGAGCGUUACGCCGACGCAGAAGAGGGACCUGGUGCGGUUGCGCAAGGUGGUGGCGAUUGGAAGGAGCCUGCAGCAGCACCCGCACAGGACAAGAAGCGCGGUCGAUCACCAGAAGACGAGGGGGAGAACGCGCGCAUGGGUGCUCGCGCCCGUAUGGACGACGAAGGGGCACGCAUGUAGCGCACGUCGGACCCAUUACUCUGUUGUAUUAUUCCUCUUGCUAUGAUGCGCCACGUCUUGAACAUCUUAACGGCAGCUCCGCGAUCGGCGGGAAGCAAACGAAGGAUUAGGUCUGAAUCGGGGUGCUAUACUGGACUCUACGGUGACAAGACUCGAGCGCGCAAGUACUGCCCUAUGGACGGUGAUACACCAAAUAAGUGGGGAACGGGAGUCAUAUGCAGGUCCCGGACGACACGAUGUGCCUCUUCGGGGUCCGCCAUACGCGCGACGAACUUCCUUGAGUGUGUCUGGUCCGCU